UUCCACAUUAGGGCCAGAGCGUUUGAGGCUGAUAAAGGGAAAUUUAGGUGCAGUUUUGGAAAGCUGCUUGGCUCACCGGAAUCUCCACGUCGUGGACCAAAGAAAGGUCCCACUGAGUCACCGUCACACACGUCUGCACGUCGGCUGGGAGGGACCAAGGUGUGCGUGUGCGUGUGUGUGUCAGGUAGCUGCACGGUGACGAGACAGGUGGACAAGAGAGAUGCUGCUCACCUGACAGGACGACCGCAACAAAUGGGGGGAAAAGACCACUUAAACAUGGCGGCACUUACUCAUUUUUGACCACCUUUGCUGUAUUUGCCUUCUUCAGCCAGCAAGGUCUCGUAUCUGUCCCGCUGCCAUCAUGUCCGACCCCAGCUGGUGGAAGCUCACCUUCUCUCGCAAGAAGAAGACCGAGUCCAAGGUCCUGUAUGAGAUUCCGGCAGAGUAUGGCAGCAACACCAAAGACCCCGUCGGGGGCGGCGGCGGGCCCACUCCUGAAGCGUCCGAGUUCAGCGCCAGGCUGGAGAAGAUCGUGGACAAGUCGGCCAUUAAGGGGCGCCAAGUCAAGGUGUCCCACUCCGGACGCUUCAAGGAGAAGAAGAAGGUCCGAGCCACGCUAGCCGAGAACCCCGACCUGUAUGGGGAGCAGAAUCUGGCUGAGCAGAACCACUAGAAGAAGAGCGACAAGUAGCACGUCACAAAUGAAAGACUCUAAACCAACAUGUGCCGGGCCAAUUUCGAUAUUUUUAAUCUCCCAACGGGGGUGUUUAAUUAAAAUGAACUUUCAACA